AUGGGUUUUCACGACCCGACAACCCCCGUCGAUGGACGGAUAGGUGACCGGGAAAUAUCCGAAGCUGAAAAGUCGAAGCAGGCUCGCGAGGUUGGAGACGCGCUCGAGGUUCGACAACCAGGCGACGGCAACACGAACGAGCUCAGGCCGCGAUCCAUCCUUACGCUGAGCCACGGCAUCGUAAACGAAUUCACGACGUUUUUGCCCUAUCUCACCACUUCGACGGCAGAUCCAGCAAGACCACCAUCGGCAGGUCCCCCCCUUCCGAUGGCCAGGACCAGCCGGGGGUCUGACGAUCUCCUCCUCCAAUCGACUGCAGCAAUUACGACUCCUGAUUUGCUGGCUCAGCCGACGAGUUUGUCGGCCGAAUCCUCAUCCGUCGCAAAUGCGACAGCAUCCCGGGAGAAUGGGGGCAUGCCCACCCCAAAAGCAGAUCAACAAAGCGCCAUGGGUGCCCUUUCCCAGAACAACAUCAACCGCGGCGUGGCCGUCGGCAUCGCCGCCGCGGGUGUUCGCCUGUAG